UUUGGACAGGAUACCAGAAGUAAACAUAAAAUGAGUCUCGGCGGCGGAGUAAAAUAAAGAAUAAAUUGUUCAGGGAGCUGAAAUGGAUCGUUUUUGUUGGUCAAACGGGCUUUUGGAAAUAAACGAAACUUUAGUGAUCCAACAACGAGGCGUGAGACUGUAUGACGGCGACGAUAAGGCGAAGCUGGACGUUGGAGUUGCCCUGUUGAGCACCCACCGGCUGAUCUGGAGGGACGUUAAAAAUCAUGAAUGCUGCAUAGCCAUGCCCCUGUCACAGAUCCUCUUAUUCGAGGAGCAGGCUGCAGGAAUAGGAAAGAGUGCAAAAAUAGUCAUUCACCUGCAUCCAGCACCUGCCAACAAGGAGCCAGGUCCCUACCAACACAGCAAAUAUCCCUACAUCAAGCUGUCGUUCAAAGAACAUGGGCAGAUUGAGUUUAACAGGAGGCUAACAGAAGAGAUGACUCAGAGGAGAUGGGAGAAUACACCAGUGUCACAACCCAUCCCCACAGGAACAGGUUCUCAGACAGGAAAGACACGUGCGGUGGGGAUUGUUGGCAUCGAGAGGAAGAUAGAGGAAAAGAGGAAAGAACAAGACAAAAACAUUUCGGAGGCAUUUGAGGACCUCAGCAAGCUGAUGGUGAAGGCCAAAGAGAUGGUGGAGUUGUCCAGGUCUAUAGCCAACAAGAUUAAAGACAAGCAGGGAGACAUAACAGAAGAUGAGACAAUCCGGUUUAAGUCUUACCUACUCAGCAUGGGUAUAGCUAACCCUGUCACCAGGGAAACACAUGGAUCGGGCACACAUUACCACCUGCAGCUGGCUAAGCAACUGGGAGAUAUGCUACAAGCCCCUCUAGAGGAGCGUGGGGGAAUGAUGGCUCUCACUGAGGUGUACUGUCUCGUCAACCGUGCUCGAGGGAUGGAGCUUUUAUCUCCAGAAGAUUUGGUCAACGCCUGCAAGAUGUUUGAGUCGUUGAAGCUCCCUCUGAGGCUGCGUGUGUUUGACAGUGGUGUGAUGGUGGUCCAGCUGCAGUCUCACAGCGAGGAGGAAAUGAUCGCCUCUGCACUGGACAACGUGUCAGAUAAAGGUUCGUUGACAGCUGAGGAGUUUGCAAAACUCUUGGGUCUCUCUGUUCUUCUGUCUAAGGAACGGUUGCUGCUGGCUGAGAAGAUGGGCAACCUGUGUAGAGAUGACUCUGUCGAGGGUUUGAGAUUCUACCCAAACCUGUUUUGACCUGUUUACAGUCAUUAUUGUUCAGAUAGAGAAAAAUAGCUGCACCGUCUCUACUGACUGACUCUGACCUCUGUGUGUUGUACAGCAGUAAAGUGCUCUCCUGUCUGAUUCAUGAUUAUCAAACAAUAAUCACAAUUUUCUACUUAGGUUUAAAACCAAGGCUUCCUCUUUUACAAUAAUUUAAAAACUGCCAAUACUGUAUAUCCAGCAGCAGCAAAGUGUCCCCAGAUGUGCUCCUAGUGUGUCUUUGGUAAUAAAUGGGUUUUGGAAUGUUGA